CGCGCGCGCCUGCUCAGUGCGUGCUGGCUGGGAGGUCCUGAGCUGGCCUCACGGUUCCUUCCGAGUUGCCGUAGUGUUUGCUCGGCGGGUUGGUGAGGAAUGGAGGUGGUGGGUGGCUGUGGUGAUCAUGGUGGUGGUGAUCGCCAAGGCUCCUCCGCGGACCCACAGAGUACCUUUGUGCUGGGUAACCUAGCGGAGGUGGUGGAGCGUGUCCUCACCUUCCUGCCCGCCAAGGCGUUGCUGCGGGUGGCCGGCGUGUGCCGCUUAUGGAGGGAGUGUGUUCGUCGAGUGUUGCGGACGCAUCGGAGUGUGACUUGGAUCUCCGCGGGGUUGGCGGAUGCUGGCCACUUGGGGGAGCAUUGCUUGGUCCGCGUGGUAGCGGAGGAGAUUGAGCAGAAUGUUCACAUCUUACCACAGACAGUUCUUUACAUGGCUGAUUCAGAAACUUUCAUUAGUCUGGAAGAGUGUCGUGGCCACAAGAGAGCAAGGAAAAGAACUACUAUGGAAGCAGCAUUUGCCCUUGAGAAGCUAUUCCCAAAACAGUGCCAAGUCCUUGGGAUUGUGACCCCAGGAAUUGUAGUGACUCCAAUGGGAUCAGCUAACAAUCGACCUCAGGAAAUAGAAAUUGGAGAGUCUGGUUUUGCCCUAUUAUUCCCUCAAAUUGAAGGAAUUAAAAUACAACCCUUUCAUUUUAUUAAGGACCCAAAGAAUUUAACACUAGAAAGACAUCAACUCACUGAAGUAGGUCUUUUAGAUAACCCUGAGCUUCGUGUGGUCCUGGUAUUUGGCUAUAAUUGCUGUAAGGUGGGAGCCAGUAAUUACCUGCAGCGAGUCGUCAGCACUUUUAGUGAUAUGAACGUCAUCUUGGCUGGAGGCCAAGUAGACAACCUGGCAUCGCUGACCUCUGACAGACACCCUCUGGAUAUUGAUGCCACUGGUGUGGUUGGACUGUCAUUUAGUGGACACCGAAUCCAGAGUGCCACUGUGCUACUCAACGAGGAUGUCAACGAUGAGAAGACCGUUGAGGCUGCAGUGCAGCGCCUUAAAGCUGCCAACAUUCCAGAACGGAAUACCAUUGGCUUCAUGUUUGCAUGUGUUGGCAGGGGCUUUCAGUAUUAUAGAGCCAAGGGCAAUGUUGAGGCUGAUGCAUUUAGGAAGUUUUUUCCUAGUGUUCCUUUAUUUGGCUUCUUUGGAAAUGGAGAAAUUGGCUGUGAUCGCAUAGUCACUGGGAACUUUAUAUUGAAGAAGUGUAAUAAGGUGAAGGAUGAUGACUUGUUUCACAGCUAUACAACAAUAAUGGUACUGAUUCAUCUCGGGUCAUCGAAAUAAAGUCUCCUGUAAAGUGGCUUUCACAAUGUAUAAUUUUCAGGCUCCACCUUUCCUAGACAAUGGAAACUGGGAUAUGUGUAUUUCAAAAAGAAAAAAAAAUAAGAGUAAUAACUUUAUAUGUAUCAGUUUUGUAACUUUGACUCUAAAGAUUAUAUUAGGGGUAGUUUUACCAAGUUAGAUGAAGGGCAGCUUUGUAUGUAACGUAACAGAAACAGAAUUGAGAGCUUUUGCAUCAUGAGGCACAGCCCUGAUUACGGCUGUAUUGUACCUAAUGCUGUGUAAUUUGACUUUAUAGUCUUCUGCAUAGGAAGACUGAAAGAAAAUUCGUCAGUAGGAUGGAGAUUUAAGACAUUCCAUGGCUACCUCUGCAUUGUUAGAUAUUUUAGCAAAAUCAUGAAAACAUUUUUUCUCCCUUAAUGAAGGAGGAAAGAAAAUACAUAGAUACCUUGAGAAAUCUUUCUCUGCUUUACAAUUCUACUGAUUUUUUUCAGAAGCUGUAAAAAUUUUUUAAUGAGUUUUUACUUAUUUGAUAAAAAUUAAGUAACUAUUUUUGUUCUACUACUCUAAAAUUGCUUAGUCAAAUAAGUUGCCAAGACUAAUCAGUAUUUUGUUACUUUAUAAGGAAGAAAUUUUCCUUUUCCCUCGAUGAAGAAACUGUAAGAGAAAAUCCUUUUCUUCACCAAGUUCUAUAUAGCUAACUGGCAGACCAGACCAUUACAUCACCUUAUUUUGGUUUUAUACCAAUAAAACAUACCAUGGAAACUCACUCAGACAGUGUUUUGUAUGUCAUUGCUUUUGGUGAGUGAAUGAUGGAAGUAAACAAUUCUUUUGAAAUGAAAACCCAGAAUAGUAGUUGUCAGGUAGUAAAUCCUGCCAUGUUUCCAGAAGAAUGAUUUGUAAGCUUAUAUUUUUAACUACAUUAAUAUCUAUAUGUUCAGAGAACACCAAUUUUUCCCAGUAACCUUUCUUCGCAUAGUGAUAGAACCUUUGAUUUUCAGCUAGGCACAUGCCUGCCAUAACAAAGACUACAUUUCCCAGUAUCCCUUACCAUUGACUGGUUUUUGUUGUUGUUGUUUGUUUGUUUGUUUGUUUGCCCCUUCUGGAGCUUGUUGCUUGGAAGUGGAUCUGGUAGUGAGACAUCUUGAACUCUCCAGAAGAGGCAAUACUUGGGGAAGAGAAUCACACAGAAGAAGGGUUCUGGGUUGCUGUACAAUUUAGUUUAAGUGCUACCAUACGUGGCUUGGAUUGCGUGUUUCCAGACAGUCUUACAAGACCGAAGUUAACAUCAAUCUUUUCUCAGCCACCACUCUUCAUUAUAACCGAUAUUUAUAUUAACUUAUUUUACCUAAUACAGUAGAUGUCUAAUGUAUGCCACUUUUGUAGUGGUCAGUGGUUCUAAUAGAGCAGUAGAAAACCUGCAAGGUAAAGUGAAAUGAAAAGUAUUAACCUUCCUGCUUUUCUGUUUUUAAUCACUUUCCUCAGUUUUUACAUUAAAAGGUUUUCUCUCUUGCUGUAUAUGUAUGUGAUAAAAAUACUUAAAUGUUUAUUGUGUGGUUAUCCUAAAUCUUAAUUCCUAAAGAAAGUCCGAACAAAAGUUUUAGAGCUUUAUGUCUGUGAAUAUUAAUAUCUAGCCUUUGUUUCGUUGUUAAACUUUUCUAUUAUUUGACAUUGGUUACCCAUUAUCAAAUAGAAAAUACUCCAAAUUCAAGUCUUUGGAUAUGCUUACAUAGCACAUAAGGAAAAUGCUUUGUAAAUUUUCCUUGUCUCUGAUAUUAACAAGAGUUGUUUGAAUAAGAGGAAAAAGGAUUUGAAAAACUAAAAAUAUGAACAAAAUGAGUAUGAUGAUUGAACAGAUUAUUUUAUUUUUCAAAUUAAUACUCAGAAUGUUUUGUUACUUCUCAAAGGGGAGUCUGCUGCAGGAUCCUUUAAGUAUGAUAUUUGAUGUUGUGGGAUCCCUUUGUAUAUCCGAGCUUUGCAAGGAGCUUGAUAGAACAGUAAAUUUAUUUGACUACAAGGUUGUAAUUUUGGUGCAGAAUAGAAAGGGGAGAAAUUGACUCAGUAGAAACGAAUUUAAUAUUGAUGAAAACAAAAGCCAUCUACACUGCCUCUAGAGGUCUUGAUGUUGGAUGAAGGGGAACAGGAAUUUACCCAAAGUUAAAAUGAAAUAAUUAUAAUUUUGAGGACCUAUGUUAAACAAAAACAAGCAUUAAAGGCUAAUUUUUUCAGCUAAAAACACAUUAAAUUCCUAGAAAUGGCAACUUUCUUAACAGUCAUUUCUGAAACUGGAGAA